CCAACUUGCUACUUCUCCUUGACUCUAACUGAAUCCAAGACAACGACACCAGCGGCGGGAAAGGCCCUUUGUACUCUUGCUGUGUUCGGGGUAUCGGGAUCGGGCGACAGAAGGAACCGCGGGCGUGACGUUUUGGCAGGCGACUUAUCUGAUCUUCCCGUCCCCAUCAGAUAAUAUUCGAGAGCACUGCACCGCUCGCCCAGCCUUCGACGACAUCAUACACUUUUUCGCAUGUCGACCACGUCCACACCGCUCGCAACCGCAACCGUGGAGACGAUUGCAGCGCAGCCGCGCGCAAUGGCCGCGCAUGACAAGCUUGUGCUGGAAGAAGCACAGGAAUACGACUAUGAGUCUCUCCCGCCCAAUUUCUCCCUCGCCGCGAACAUGGCUGCUGGUGCCUUCGCUGGCAUUGCGGAACACUCGGUCAUGUAUCCCAUCGACCUGCUCAAGACACGCAUGCAAGUCGUCAACGCAAACCCGGCAGCCAUAUACAGCGGCAUCGGCAAUGCCAUUGCAACAAUUUCGAGAGUGGAAGGCUACAUGUCAUUAUGGCGAGGGUUGUCCUCGGUAAUAGUGGGAGCAGGACCUGCGCACGCAGUAUACUUCGCCACCUACGAGGUCGUGAAGCAAGCCAUGGGCGGCAAUGCCUCCGGGCAUCACCCCAUCGCCGCAGCCUCUAGUGGAGCCUGCGCGACGAUUGCCAGUGACGCCUUCAUGAACCCAUUCGAUGUCAUUAAGCAGCGAAUGCAGCUGCAUGGCUCUACCUACCGUUCCAUUGUCGACUGCGCAUCUCAGGUCUGGAGGCAUGAAGGACUUCGCGCUUUCUACGUAUCCUACCCGACUACGCUCACCAUGACAGUGCCCUUCACUGCUUUACAGUUCACCGCCUACGAAUCACUCACGAAGGUCAUGCAACGACGACGUGCGCCUGGGUACGAUCCGCUCACUCACUGCACUGCUGGAGGUCUUGCUGGUGGUCUCGCUGCUGCUGCCACUACACCGCUUGAUGUGAUCAAGACCUUGCUUCAAACACGAGGAACUUCCACCGACGCCGAGAUCCGAUCAUGCCGUGGCCUCUUUCCCGCUGCGAGCAUACUAUGGCGGAGGGAAGGUGCGAAGGGUUUCUUCCGAGGAAUGAAGCCACGCGUGAUCACUGCCGCGCCGAGUACAGCAGUCUGCUGGUCAGCAUACGAGCUUGCAAAGGCGUACUUUAUCCGCGUGAAUGAAGAGUCAUGAAACUGUUUCGGAAUAUUGGAGAUAUCUGCAAGGAGCUGAAGGUAUUAAGCCGGGACCAGUCCGCAACACAAAGUACUAUCAUGCUGCCGCGGCCAUGGCGACGAGGACGAAAGUGGACAGAUACUGCGAAGUCACAGUGACCGCGCCGGGCCUCCAGAGCCUAGAUCCCUUCUCGCGCGGCAAGUUCAGCACGUCCCAAGGAAAGCGGUGAGAUGCAACGACACAUCUCGUGUGCCGCAGAGAGCGUAUCUCGCAGGACGGCGAGCAUAUGUCUUCUUCAUUGAUGCAUGGCGAGGCGUUUGGGUUUGGAUAAGGAGAGAAAGAGACCAUUGUUUGGCGCAAAGUGGAGCUGCUCGCGCACGAUACUACGCCGAAGCAUCAUCGAAGGACUGAUCUUGACAUCCCAAGCGUCUUUGGCUGGCAAUGGGUAAUAGAGAUCUGGACUGUCACGACCCAGAGACGACCGUGUACAUAAUCGCAAAAGAUUCUUUUGCCCAUAAAAGGCGCUCAACUG